ACUGUUACCGCAUUUUAUAGUCGGACGGACAUGAUAGGAGGGUAAACCUAAACAUGGCGUUCAAUUUCGGAGGCGCCCCCACCAAUCCUGCUGCCAGCACGACUGGAUUUUCAUUUGGUUCAUUUGGUGCCAAAACCACAGCAUCCUCAGCAUUUGGCUUUGGCGCCCCUGCCACCACAACCACUGCCGCCUCUGGAUUUGGUACCCUGACCGCCCCUGGAUUUGGGGCUGCAGCCACAACUGCUGCAGCAGCUCCAGGAUUUGGGUUUAGCUCGGCCGCAACAGGGUUUGGGGGUCUUGGAGCAGCAAACCCCACUGCUGGGGCCUUCGGGGGCUUUGGAGCCACGACCACCGCUGCUGCCGUGCCAGGCUCCACCUUUAGCUUCGCUACACCCGCUAGCACCACAGGGGGCCUCUUCGGAAACACCCAGAACAAGGGCUUUGGGUUCCCCACUGGACUGGGGGCGGCCACCGCCCCCGGGGUGGGGGGAUUCGGGGCUGCGUUAGGGGGCGGUCUGGGUGGGUUCGGGGGCUUCAACAUCCAGGCUGCUCAGCCGCAGCAAGGUGGUCUGUUUGGCCAGCAGGCCCAGCACGGGCAGGCCCAGCUCUACCAGCAGGUGACGGCCCUGUCGGCACCCACUCUGCUGGGGGACGAGAGGGACGCCAUCCUGGCCAAGUGGAACCAGCUGCAGGCCUACUGGGGCACGGGCAAGGGCUACUACAGUAACAGCACGCCGGCUGUUGACUUCAGCCUAGAGAACCCCUUCUGCAGGUUCAAGGCGGUGGGCUACAGCUGCAUCCCCGGUAACAAGGACGAGGACGGCCUGGUGGCCUUGUGCCUCAACAAGAGGGAGGCGGACGUGCGCGCCCAGCAGCAGCACCUGGUGGAGUCCCUCUUCAAGCUGCUGGGCAGCAACCAGUCGCUGUCCGUCAACGUGGAGGGGGUCAAGGCCCUGCCCGACGACCAGACGGAGGUGAUUGUGUACGUGGUGGAGCGCUCCCCCAACGGCACGUCCAAGCGCAUCGCGGCCAGCACGCUGUACAGCUUCGUGGAGCAGGCCAACGUCAAGGCCCAGCUGGCCCAGAUAGGGGUCCUCAUGUCGGUGACGCGCACGGAGCUCUCCCAGACCCAGCUCAAACAGCUGCUGCAGAACGCGCCCGCAGGCGUGGAUCCGAUCAUAUGGGAGCAGGCCAAGGUGGACAACCCCGAACCUGAGAAGCUGAUCCCGGUGCCCAUGGUGGGGUUCAAAGAGCUGCUCCGGAGACUUAAGAUCCAGGAGCAGAUGACCAAGCAGCACCAAACCAGGGUUGAUAUCAUCUCCGGGGACAUCAGUGACCUGCAGAAGAACCAGGCGACAACGGUGGCCAAGAUAGCCCAGUACAAAAGGAAGCUGAUGGAUCUGUCUCACAGAGUCCUGCAGGUGCUCAUUAAGCAGGAGAUCCAGAGGAAGAGUGGCUACGCUAUCCAGGUGGACGAGGAGCACCUACGGGUGCAGCUGGACACUAUCCAGUCUGAACUCAACGCCCCCACACAGUUCAAGGGGCGGUUAAAUGAGCUGAUGUCCCAAAUCCGGAUGCAGAACCACUUUGGGGCUGUGAGGUCAGAGGAGCGCUAUAACGUGGAUGCGGACGUUCUCCGCGAAAUCAAACAGCACCUGAAGCAGCAGCAAGAGGGCCUGGGCCACCUGAUCAGUGUGAUCAAGGACGACCUGGAGGACAUCAAGCUCAUAGAGCACGGGCUGACGGACAGCGGGCACAUCCGGAGCGGGCUCCACAGCUGAAACCCCCCCCCCCCCCCCCCCCCCCCCACACACCUUAAUGCACCAACACUCAAAGCCUCCGUGGUUCUCAAGACUCCCUUCACAUGAAACACAACUCAAAACUACAAUGAUGGUUUCCGUAGUUGUUUGAGACAUGAUUGUGAGUUUUACGAGACGGUAUGUCCCUAAUAUGCAGAGUAGUCACGGACUAAGUACUUUUAGACAUUUGGCAAUUGUUUGUACAACAAAAUGUUAUUCAUUGUAAAUAGGUUUUUCAUUGCUGUUGUAACAUGACAAGCUCCAUGAUUUAUUAAUAAAAUGAAAAAUCCUUUAAAAACA